AUGGCUCAGAGUAGACAAAAGUCUUAUGCGGAUCACCGGAGAAGGGACUCGGAGUUUCAACCAGGCGAUAAAGUAUAUUUAAAGAUCAUACCCUCUCAAGUAAUAUCCCAAGGAAAGAAGAAAGGGAAGUUGAGCCCUAGAUACAUCAGACCAUAUGAGAUCUUAGAGGGAGUCGGGAUAGUUGCUUAUCGUUUGGCAUUACCUCUGACAAUGUCCAACAUACAUAAUGUUUUCCAUGUCUCACGACUUCGAAAACAUGAGCCUGAUCCUACCCAGAAGAUUCCUGUAGAGGCUAUCGAGUUACGAGAAGAUUUAACCUAUCCUGAAGAACCAGUCAAAAUUUUGGAUACAAAAGAACAAGAUCUAAUCGUGGGAAUGUCUGGAUGGAGGUGGUUGCUAGCGACUGCUGGCAGCGGCGGUUUCCAGAUCCAAGAGGAGCCUUCUGCAGCAAAUGGCUUUAACGAAGAAGGAGAUGCCAUCAAGCUUCAGAUCAUAUCGGUAUAA